UACGACACGAACACACGAGCAAUCACAUCAUUCCCUCUUCCAAAGUCAUCACCAAACACACCGUAACCCACCACAACUUCAGAAUUAGCAAAUAUGGCCCGUGGAAACGCAGCUCAGAGCCAGGUCUUCUACAAGGGUAGCUCAGGCGACGUCUUCACCGUGUUCGUCGAGAGCGAAGAGGCGGUCAAGAAGUGGAAGGAGGAUUCCAGCAUCCCUCUUGCCGAAGUCGUUGCGGGAUGGAAGAUCCUGAUUCCUGAGCAUGGAAAGCAGGGCAUCCUGAACACGGCAAGCAAGAGCCAGCUCGAGAACGAGUUUGGCACCACGAAUGAGGAUGAUAUUGUCAAGAAGAUUAUUCAGCAGGGCGAGGUACAGUCCUCGGAGAACGGCGAGCGCCAGGGCAGCACGAACGACUCCAAGGGCUCUCUGGCCGGCCACUAAGUGGCUUCUUCACAUCUCGACUUCUUACGACUUCGAUACGACCUGAUGAGCAAUUAUCGCGAAUACAGAUUUGCUGAGCCUGGAAGUCGGCUAGCAUGCAUAUGGAUAGGGAUGACCUCUGCUGAGAUGCGAGGCUACCCGUCAAUUUGAUAGGGAUAUCUAUUGAAAUGAAAACAUUUGCGUACAUACUAGAUGCUGUCCAGUCCCGAGCUGAAUUUACUGUGAGGACAUUACUAAGGAAAUCGCUCUGAUACCGACAGCGUGAGGCUUCACUACUCUUCCAACAGCUCGAGCUCAGCCU